AUGUCUAGCAAGAAGCCUUGGGCCGAUAGGCCGUUUAAGCUCAUUAGUAGCACCCGUGCGGGAACCAAGAAAGGGGCCAAGACGGCAGGUGUGAACCGCAUGGCUGAGGAAAUGACCAUCAUUCACAAUCUCAUCCUCCGGAUCAUCAACACUGUCUACUUGCAGUGCAUCAACGUGGAGAAGUCCCCCAACGACGUCCAGGACUUUGUGUCAUACGCGAUAGAAUGGAGCAAGAUGGUGGAGGAGCACCACGAGACGGAAGAGACGGAGGUGUUCCCCGAGAUUGAACAGCUGGCCGGCGUGCCGGGGCUGAUGCGGGCCAACGUCGCGCAGCACGAAGCUUUCCACAACGGCCUGCACGCGUACAUGGGCUACUUGGACAAGGUCCAAAAGGGCGAAGAGGCGUACAGCGGAGGGAAGCUCAAAGGCAUCAUCGACUCGUUCAUGCCCGUCCUGCGGGAGCAUCUCAGCGAUGAGAUUGACUCGCUGCUCAAGCUGAAUGAGUACGACCGCAAUUGGGAUGAGUGGUAUGAGAAGCUCAUGAAGAAGCUGCUCGGCAGAAUGGGUGAUCCCAAGCUCAAGGUGAGUACGCUACUUCAUCAUCUCUAG